UUUACUUCCUGUUUCUGCUGCUGGCUGCAGUUUGUUGUAAGAGUAAGAACAAGAAAGUGACAACGCAUUGACUAUAAAACUGCAAUAAAUCGAGGUUUCUUUUAGAGUUGAUCUAGCUUGCUGAACAUUGCCUUCAUGAAUACUUCAGACAGUGAAGAAGAGCCUUGCAAUGAAAGGACUUCGCUGAUGUCAGCUGGGAGUCCCCCUUUAUCUUCAUACCAUAUUGAGACUGGACUACCAAGCUCGGUGGAUACACAAACCAAAAGGCGUUGUCCAGUCACAAACCAGAGUAAUAACAGGGAAACACACCAUGAGGGUGUAUCUGUAGAGUGGGACUCCACUGCAGACAAUGAGGAUGAGGAGCUAUCCCUCAAAUACGGGGCCAAACACGUCAUCAUGUUGUUUGUCCCCGUGACUCUCUGCAUGAUUGUGGUCAUCGCUACUAUUAAGUCAGUCAGCUUCUACACUGAGAAGGGUGGACAGUUGAUUUAUACUCCCUUUACAGAAGACACAACGUCUGUGGGACAACGGCUUCUCAAUUCAAUUUUAAAUACACUGGUAAUGAUCAGUGUCAUUGUUGUUAUGACCAUAUUUCUUGUUGUGCUUUACAAGUAUCGCUGUUACAAGUUUAUCCAUGGGUGGCUGAUCCUCUCCUCCUUAAUGCUCCUUUUCUGGUUCAGCUUUUUGUACCUAGGAGAAGUGUCUAAGACCUACAAUGUGGCGAUGGAUUACCCAACCCUGGCUCUUGUCAUCUGGAAUUUCGGGGCAGUGGGGAUGGUCUGUAUUCACUGGAAGGGCCCCCUGCAGCUUCAGCAGGCCUAUCUCAUCAUGAUCAGUGCUCUGAUGGCCUUGGUCUUCAUCAAAUACUUACCUGAGUGGUCUGCGUGGGUCAUUCUGGGAGCCAUCUCUGUUUAUGAUUUGAUAGCGGUGCUCUGUCCGAAGGGCCCUCUGAGAAUGCUGGUUGAAACAGCUCAGGAGAGAAACGAGCCAAUAUUUCCAGCUUUGAUUUACUCCUCUGCAAUGAUCUGGAUGGUUGGGAUGACCGAACAAUCAGCUGUUCAACAGCCUUCCGACCAGGAAAGGAACUCAGAUGAAGAAGUAGGCCAGAAUCACCAUGACAAUACAGAAGACAACAGAAACAUGGUGAUGCCAGAGACUGAGGUGCAUGGAGCACAAAGCAGAACAUUAUCAGCAGAGGAGGUGGAGGAAGAAAGAGGGAUCAAGCUUGGACUGGGGGACUUUAUAUUCUACAGUGUCUUAGUGGGGAAAGCUUCAGCCACAGCCAGCGGAGACUGGAAUACAACAGUGGCCUGCUUUGUGGCUAUUCUAAUAGGCCUGUGUCUUACCCUGCUGUUGCUGGCUAUCUUCAAGAAGGCAUUGCCUGCCCUGCCGAUCUCCAUCACCUUUGGGCUUGUCUUCUAUUUCUCCACGGACAACCUUGUCCGGCCAUUUAUGGACAACCUUGCCACGCACCAGUUUUAUAUUUAAUUUUGAAACCUUUUACUUUGGGAGAGGAAGGCUGCUUGAAAACUGGAUACCAAAAUCCAGUUCAGAGUCAGCCCAUUUGGUAUCAUCAUUGUGCCAUGUAGCGUUUUGUUUGGGGAAAACACAUAAUAAUUGUAAUAUAUAUUAUCAUUUUGAAUUGGACGUAUUAGAUAUAAAGAUGUAAAGAUAAAAGUAUGUAUUUUUAACAUAUAUGUCAGCUUGCACUUUUUGAGGCAGAUUUUCUAAAUGGCUUGUUACCCCUGGCAUUGAAUGCAGAUCCGAGUUGGACCAGACUAAUUUAAAUGGAAGAGUGCAGACAUUCAAGCUGCAGUGUCCCAUAAUCAUAUAUAGUUAGGUAUCCACAAUAUAUGUUUGUAAAUCUGUUACAUUUAUCUCACAGUUUGAGAUACAUGCCCCAUAACUGUAAGCUGAAAUUAACCAGUGACCUUAUAUCAUAACCUACUUGGUGGCUAUAUUUACCAGGGAUGUGCAGUUACACAGAGUCAGACAACACAAUAAUAUUGUUCCCUAGUGGCUCACAAUAUGGCAUGAUGUGGUGGUUCAUGUCCUGGCUGUGCCAAGCUGCUGUUCUUACCCAGGGAUCCCAUGGAGAACAAUGAUCUUGCAGGAUAAGGAAACAAAAUUGACAGUGACUGUUGCUCCUUAUUGCUCUUGAGCGGAGACCAGCAGGGCUGUCUUUUAUCCACCAAAGCUGACAUCUGCGUUUGAGCUGCUGGGUGUAAAGAGUAAUUUGGCUUUGUGGUGGAAUCGGAGAAAACCCACUGACCUUCAGUUCUCCUGAGCUGUGGUGAGGAAUAUAACUGUACAUUCUAAAUUAGGGAAUAAAAAGGGGGGAAAAUAAUGGGGCACUCCUAAAGUGAAUAAACAAAUGUGUUUUUGGCUUAUGUGGAGCCCAUGUUUCUAGCACUUAUUCAGAUUUUCUGAGUAAUUACUAACGCUAACUGGUUUUAAGUUAGAAGAUAUUAAUUCAAAUGGAAAGUAACUUGCUUAAAAUUAAUUAAUUGCAGAAAAAAAGAAAUCGAGUGCCAAUAAGUCUGUGACCUAACCUGUUAAAACUUACUAACGCCUGUAAAAGUAAUCUGUAAAAUCCAAUAAAUAUUGGAUGUUCAACACCUCCAAAAAACUUUCAGCGCACAGUGCCAUUGAGAAGACUUUCAUAUAAACAGUAAUAUAAACACAAAAAUGGGUUUCAUACAAUAGACUGUGAUUACUUGGUGUCUGCAUCGUUAAUCACUUUAAUUCACCACCCAUCUGUACACUCGACACAUUUUAAAAAGUACAAGUAUUUAGCUUCAAUGAAGGAAGUUUUGCACACCAUGAAAUUACCCCUGUUUACCUGUAUUUAUUUAUUAAGUUUAUAUUUAGAAAUGUUUCUGCUUUUGUACACAGGGAAAGAAAAUCUGUUGUAGAGGCUUUUAUUUGUUCUUCUGUCCAACAUUGACCAGUUCAGCACAGAUGGGAAUCCCAGUGCCCAGUGGUAGUCGUAGUCUCUGGUUUUCUGUCAGCGUUAAUCAUUAAAACCUAAAAUCCUAAAUAUAUUUUACAGAAAUGGUUUGUCAGGAAAAAAAAGAUUAAACAUAUUCUGUGCUGAAAAUCUAGAAAGGAAAACUAGAUUUUCAGCAAGUAGGAGAGAGGUAACCAGUAUUGAUAGGACUAAAACAGAACAUUAGGAAGGGGCCAGGGAUCAACUACAGAAUGCAAAACAUAAUUCAAAAAGCACAUGCUAGAUGCUACCUGUUCCACAUGAGCAGAUAUAAAUUGCACAUUUUGUUGCAGGUUUUACACUUUAAAAAAAAAAAACACAUUUAUCAGCCUUAGAAUAAAUCUAAGUGAUAGGGAGUAAUAUACUUUUAGUUCUGAGUUUAAGCAUUUAAGCCAAAAUACUGUAGCUAACAUAAUGGCUUAUGUAGGAUGACAAUAUGCCAAUCUCUCUUCUUUUAACCAAGCAUCCUAGAAUAUUGAGGCUAUACAAUGAAUGUCCAAAUAAAAUGCUGAAAUAGGUGUUGCAUAAUAGUUAUGAAGGAUCUAGUUUUAUUUUUUAUAUUGAAUAACCUAUAUUUUAUACUGUUGCAAUAUGUCAAUUAAUUUUAUAUCCCCACAAGCUUACUUGUCACAUUAACUGCAAAAUUGUGUAUGAAGUGGCAUUCUCCAGUAUCGCGUACUGUUACAGAUGUGGUGUACAAUAAUAAUAAUCAUUAAAAUACAUGUUUAUCUUUUGCAGAAA